AAUUUAGGAGCGAGCAAGCAAGCAGCACGUGUGGAGACACCUAUCUGGUUUUUUUUGGAAGUUUUUUUGGGGUCAGUAUGAUUGCAGAGAGUAGUAGACAAAAAACGGUUGGAAAAGCAGAAGAAGAAGGAAAAGGAAAAGCAGAAGAAGAAUGAUGGGGUAGGUAUAUGGUUUAUUUCUUUUGCGGAUAUGUUUAUGUUGGAUAUUUCUCUUCGAUUGUUUUUGCGUUGGUGUAGGUCUUUCUUCUACUUUUUGUUGUAUCGCAUAAGCAAGUCACAGCAAGCAGUGAAUGCUCAGUACAUUCUGACAAGAUCAUCACGCGCGAGGCAAGGAAAAGAGUAGUGUCGAUAUCGCAUAUUAAGGAUGUGGGUAUCGCGCACUUUGCCCUCCUCUAGCAACAGCCGCAGCAAAAGCACUACAGAUAUCGCAAGAGGGGAAAGCAAUACUUCGACUUCGACGACUACAUCUUCGAUAACUUAUGAUGAGACGAGUUCGCUGCUUCCUCACGAACGAGCUCCUGCUGUGGUUGUUGGGUCAAGUCAUCAUAUGACUGUUCCACGACAUCAUUAUCGACAGAGCAACCACAAUCACAACCACAACCACCCGCCUCAUCAUGCUGGGAAUUAUAAUGGCCAAUAUACGUCUACGACAUCUUCAGCUUCAGCAUCAGCAUCGGCAUCAGCAUCACUCCACCAUAUCUUGACCUUGCAUCCCCGUCAAAUCGCCCGUCUGGAGAGAGAAAGAGAAGAAAUACUCGAAGAGGAAGAGGGGGAGGGGGACGAAGAGCGAGGGAUGGAAAGAUGUAUGUUGUCAAGAAUCGACUGUAUAGAAGUAGGGUUAUGGCACGAGAGGAUCAGAGAUUAUGAAGCCGCUGAAUUGGGGAUGGUGAGGGCUGAGGAAUUAGGAUUGUUGCUGCCUCAGCAAGGUGAAGUGGGGAGGGAAGGUGAGGGUGGAGGAGAUGAGGGGAGGUUGAGUAGAGUGGACACUCAUGUUGAUUCGUCUACUUCGAUUACGGAUUUCGCUGACGUGGAAGGAGGAAGAGGAGGAAAGAGCAAAGUGGAUAGGAGCAGGAAGACCAGCAGUGUUACUCGUUUCGGCUCUGUUUCCUUGUCGCUGAAUCAUGUUCAUCCUUUCUUCUGGGUGGAUAUGCUCGGUAUCUGCUCGCUUGUCCUCCUCAUCCUUGCUCUUUUGCUUUAUAUCGGGUUGCAGUUGAGGGGCUUGGAUAAGAAGCAAAUUUGCGCGAAGGAUGGAGGAGGGCUUUGGGUUGCGGUGCAGAUGUUGGUGGGACUUGGUGCCGGAUUGAUAUUGCAGGUCCCAGUCAGCAGAAGAUUGGUGCCUUUCGUGUUGCCUGUGUGGGUUGUGGUUACUAUCGGGGUGGUAAUCGGGUUGAAGGAAUGGGCUGGGUGUUUGGGUGAGUAGAAUGGACGUGGAAGGAGAAGCUUGUCAAGGACAUGAGUAUUGUUACUGAGGAUAGAGAGAUCCGAGGACGAGCCCAGCCGUUCAAAGACCUGAAGACAAACCUAAGCAUCGAAGUUGUAUCACAAAAUGCAUUAUCACCGG